ACUUUUUAACCUCAAAUUCGCGCGUGUGAUUGCACAAGUCCAGGGCAGUUCCACGGUUACCCAACAUCUACUUCGCAAGGAAAGGGCGAUGAGCGAUGCCGAACUCCAGGAGGAGGAGAGAGAAGUAUUGCUCUCGAUAUAUGACGGCGAUUCUGCUUUUAAGCAGUUGACACCCACGACAUUUCAAUACAAGAUUGUUUAGAUAAUGACAAUAAUUGUUACGCAGUAUGGUGAGGAUAAUGAUAUGAAAUCAUUUCUACUGGAAAUAUCAUGGGGUGCGACAUAUCCUACAGAGAAACCAACUAUCAAUAUGGACACAUUUUACAAUAAACAUAUUGUGGAAGAGGUAAAGGACAAGGUAGUGAGUCUUAUAGAGGCAGAGGCUGAACAAUGGUUAGGUAGUGCUAUGACCUAUACGUUAUUUCAGUCUGUCCAAGAACAUUACGCAGAUUUAGUGUCUAUACAACCAGACUCAAUCGUCGAUAUAAAUUCGCAAACUAGUAGAUUGAAGAUUACAGAUGAGAAUCAACAGGUCGAGGAAACAAUAAAAAAGCCCAAAAAGGAACAUUUAAGUAAAGCACAAAAACGUAGACAAUGGAAUAAAGCAGAUGGCAAAGGUGAAAGACCACGUGGAUGGAACUGGGUGGAUAUAGUAAAACAUCUAUCACAGACUGGACCAAGAUCAGAACAGGAGUCUUAGUUUGAGUCAUCUACAUCAUUUUGUACAGUAAUAAAAGGCAUGUUAUAUUUU